AUGAUUCAUGAGUCUCAGCUUCCAAGGUCGUGCGAUCGAUGCCAUUCGCUAAAGGAGCGAUGUCGUCGCGCAAACAGCAUAAAUUCGUGUGAGCGAUGCACCCGCCUUCGACUUACUUGCACGUCAAAUCGACCCUUCAAGCGACCAGGUCGCCGGCCACAGCCGUAUCAUAUCCAAGGAGCACGCCGGCAGCGUGGAUCGGAGUCACUAGACCCUGCCGUUGACAUUAGCGAAGACCGCAAAGGGGACAUUCUUGCCAUAUUCAACAUACCCGAAAAGCUUUCCGAGGAAGAAGCUUGGCUUGUCCACCGUACUCUUGCGAACAAUUCCUUCAUUGAGCAGUUCCUUCUGGGCCCAAGCUUCUGCAACGCACAUCGGAAGUCUUUAUUUAGCCAACUAUGCAAGGCACCAGCCCUGCUACAAGACGCCUAUGUCGCUUGUGUGUUGUCUGUGCCGUAUCCUGGUGAGGACCCAUCUGGAACUCUCACAGAACAAAGGCUGGACAGCAGCUACAGACGGGCAUCUGCGGCAUUGGCAAAGUUGAGGACCCUCAAAGUAGAGAAUGCAAGUGAUGUGUCUUCGUGUUUAGCCCUCGGUGGAUCUAUCCUCACGUUCGUCCUGCGCUUUGGCGGCAAGGACUCGCUCGCCAUCUGCAGCCGCGUGCUCGGUCUCAUCAGACCGGUGUACGAGUCACACACCAACAAGCUUCCCGAUGCCGACCUUGGCUUUCUAGCCUGUGUCGUCAUGUGUGAGACUACAGAAUGUUUGCUGCAAACCGAACUGCCUACGCUAAGGUUCCGCCCACAGCCUUUGGAAUCUUCAGAGUACGUUGACCGCUAUGUUGGAUUGUGUGGUACACUAUUACCGCAUUUGCAGGAGCUCUGCCAUCUAAGCUUUGCCAUGUUUCACAGUACACAGGCAAAGGAAGAAGUGAUGGGCGAGCUACAGAAGCUGAAGACAACUAUAGAGGCUUGGAGACCAAUUGUACCCCCAAACUUCACUGAAAGCUACACAACAUCUGAAGUUACCAAUAUUCUGUGUCAGACACACGUUAUGCAGCUAGCUGCUCUUCUAAUUUUACACCGGAUGCAACAUCCCUUUGGCACGGAGCAAAUCGCGGCCCUAUCCAUGGCACAUACAAUUCUGCGGCAACUAGAGGUUGCCAAAAUGGUCGCGGGCCGAACCCCAAGGUGCAUCGACUUUGCCUUGAUGGCUGCCUGUCUAGAGGUUUCGGAUGGAAGAGAAAGAAGUGACCAGCUGCGCAGCGCUUCGUCCAUAGCCGUAUACUCACCAAGGUUCAUUCAACGAUCCGAAACAUUUAUAUCUGCCGUCUGGGAGGCACGCAGCUUGAAGCAAUCCCCAAUAUAUUGGUACCAUUUGGGACUUGUCACAAAACAUGUGAACGUGGCCGAGUUGUCAGCAAUUUGA